AUGACAGCAAGAUUAUUAAGCAUGGGCUUCACUGUGCUCUUUCUGAGCUCCUGUGUGCCCCCGGGAGCAGCUCGAAUUUCUUGCAGAAAUGAAGAUGGUGAUGCUGUAGAUUGGUUUGCCUUUUAUAAGUUACCCCAGAACAGAGAACAGAAAAACCGAAGUACCGGUUUAGAGUACAUGUACCUGGAUGCUAUGACUCACAGAUGGCGGAGGAGCCAGGGACUAGUCAAUAUGACCCAGAGCAUCUUAGGAAGGACAUUACAGCAGCUUUAUGAAGCACAUGAAGCUAAGAACAACAGUACUGCCUACCUGAUAUAUAAUGACAAUGCCCCUCGGUCUGUGGAUUACAGCUGGAAGCAAGGGCAUGCAAAAGGUUUCUUACUUUGGGAUAAAUCUCAGGGAUUCUGGCUGAUUCACACAAUUCCCCGGUUUCCUCCUUUUCCUGACGAAGGCUAUAGCUAUCCAUCUACCGGGAAGAAAUAUGGACAAAUUGGUAUCUGCAUAACUUACAACUACAGUCAAUUUGUAGAAAUAGAUUCCCAGCUAAUAAGCUGCAUUCCAAACAUCUAUAGCUGCUCCAUACCUGCCACCUUUCACCCAGAGCUCACCUAUCUGCCUAAACUGUGUGCCCACUCCUCAAUCCCCAGGAUUCCUCACCAGCGCCUCUCCAGACUUCAGUCCAUCCAAGGCCAAAACUUCCUGCAUUUUGCAAAAUCACCUUACUUUGUUGAUGAUAUCUAUGUGGCUUGGAUGGCUCAACAGUUGCAGACCAAUUUGCUCGUAGAAACUUGGCAACCAAAGCUUCCAUCAAACUGUUCUCUUCCAUACCAUGUUUAUAAUAUCAAACAAAUCAGGAUGCCAGGACAGUUUACUUUUAGCUCUUACUACGAUCAUGCCAAAUGGUGUGUUUCACAAAGAUACAAGAGCCACUGGACAUGCAUUGGGGACCUGAACCGGAGCCCAUUCCAGACUCGGAGGGGAGGAGGAUUCAUUUGUACCCAAAAUAAGUACAUCUAUCUUGCAUUUAGAGGCUUGAUUCUGCACUACCAGAAUUGCAAUCAGUCUUAA